CACCAGUUGGCUUGCAUACACAAACUUCUGCAUAGUAAUGUAACUCAACGUUCCAACCUCUACGGUGCACGCCUCAGAAAUGGCACCCCUCAACUUGGGGCAGCUUUUGGGCUCCAGGGGCCUGGUAGCUCUUGUGCUAGGCCCCAUAGCUUGCUCUGCGCUAUCUUUAGGCGGGCUGGCUCCCGAGGGCAGCAGCGCUGAGCUGCAGCGUGUCGCUCUAGCGGUGCUUGUGCUGGGCUGUGUGCUCGGCACGCUCUCGUUUGUCUUGGUCUUCCUGUCGGUCUUGGAGUAUGCUGGUCGGCUGUUUUUAGCUCGUUGCUUCAACUACACGAUUGCGCACAUUGUUAUGGCGGUGCUGUGGCUGGGCGAGAUCGGGCUGUCUGCCUACCUGCUGGCCAGCAGCUCGCCGCGGCUGCUGCCCGCCGUCGCUUUCGUGGCGGGCGGCGCCGUGCUGGCGGCGGCGCACGCGGGCUUCAUCCUGGUGGCCACCUGCUGGUGCUGUUGCGGUGGCGCCUUCGUGGGCUCACCGGCCGACCUCAACCCCAAGAGCGCGCUGCUGACGCCGCAGCAAGGCGGCAACGGCCACCAUCACAGGGGCACGGGCGGCGCGGCGGGUGGCGGUGCGGGCGCGGGCGGUGCGCACCCGCUGGCGCAUGGCGACGGCGGCAGCAGCAGCGGUCCGUUCCGCGCCACGUAUGGGCUGCUUCCGGGCAGCAACGCCUACGCCUACCAGAUCUUUAUUCCUGGGAGCGAGGAGGAUCAGGCUGCGUUCGGCGCCUAUGCCUCGCUGCCCACGCCCACCGGCCAGGCGCGCACGGCGCCGGGCGGUCAGCACCAGCAGCAGCGCACACCGGCGCGGGGCGGUGCCGGCGCCGGAGAGGCUGGCGCGCGCAAGACGCACUCCGUGCAGCCGUUCGCGCCUCAGCCGGCGCUUGGGCAGCAGUUGCAGCCGAUGCGGCAGUGAGGAGCUGGGAUGAUUGGCAGUAGCGGAUGUGUGGCAGUCAGGGUGCUUGUGGCGCGGCCGAGGAAAGUUGACAGUUGAGGAGCCAGAGUGUGGCGAUGUGCGCACCCGCGAGUGGCUGGCUGCUUGACUGACUCUGAGAUGGCUUGUUGAGUGUCCUGCGGGGCUAUAGCCAGCGUAAUGCUGGGCUCUCUUCUGUAUUUCUUAACGAAUUGAACCCGACUUCCUUAUUGUUUUCUGGACCGUGCUUGCCUCCGCUCUGCUGGGCAGCGGAGGCGGCACUGGGACACAGGACGCAACCUUUUUUGUUAUUUGACACCGGUAUCGGUUAGGUCAAUUGUUUGCUGUUUCAAGAGGAGUCCACAGACACAAACAAAAAUUGAUGCACGCAUCAAUCAUAGGCAUGGUAGAUCUGGUGUUAGGUAGCUGGGGCGGGUGCGGAGGUUGGCGGUGGCAGGGGUGCGGCCGGGUGCUCUGGGGCGCGGCCCAAAGGCCAGCCCGGGUGCUGCGGGUGCUGUGCCACUCAACAGCACUGUUUAGCGCGUGCUGCUUUGGCCCCAGCGGCGGGGCUGGAGGUGCUACCGCUGCGGGGCGCUGCUCGGCAUAGGUGGCAGCGGGUAGCGACGCAUCUCGCUGGGCCGGGGCCGUUGGCAUUGUGCGGCAGCUUGGUGGCGGCGGCGGGGACGGGCGGCGGAUGGCCGCACUGCCGAUACCGCGUCUGGCGCGGCAGUAGCGGCGUUGGUGUUGCGGGUGCGAAGGCGGAGCCACGGGGGGUGUAGGUUGAGGCGAAGGAGAUGCAUGGCCGAAGGCUGGGUGAUAGUGGGGAUCGAGUAGGGCCACAUGGGGUGGGUAAGAUGCAAUCAGUGGUCGUCAAGGAGCCGCUUGAAGAUGCGGGCCAUGGUUAGAAGGGGCAACGUUCAUUAGCACGUAAACUUGCAAAUAGCAACUAGUGUAGCAAUUAGAGCAGCGGUGGGUAUGUGUGUGCACGGUGUAGCGAAGACUAGCAGGGCGGUGAAUUGUGGACUGGAUGUACAGAGAGACGAUAGGGACGGCAGGCAUGAACUGGGCUGACAAGGCCUGGCCAAGGAGUGAAUGUUAAGGAUUUGCGCGUCGAAACGAGGGGUAGUCAUGUUCUCACAAAAGGGCCGUGUUCACAAGUUUUAUUGCCAAUACUUUUGGAGGUCAAGUACGAGCGGGUGCCCCUGUGGGACCACUAAACGGUCGGGGUCCAUUGCCGCUGGUGAUCACGCUGGCAGAAUCCUGUAAUGCCUGGAGCAA